GCAAAAGCAUUUAUAGAACUUUUUAAAAUAAUUGUUUGCUUUACAGUUAGGAAGACAUAUACACAGUAGUAUAACGUCACUUACAAAUUGAAAUGAAGAAAAAAACCAAAAAAAAUAUAUAGAAAGGAGAGAAAAAAAACAAUACUAGUAAUAAAACAAAGAGUAGUCGAUAAUUCAUAGUAGCUUGUCUAUAAAUAGACAUUCAAACACAAAGAAUUAAGCACAUUGGAAACUUCCCACUCUCUUCUUCUUAUUCGUUUCAUCCACUCAGUUCAUCCUCUCUCUCUCUCUCCCACCCUAAAUCUUCUGUAUUUGUUUACUUGUUUCUCUCACUAGAACAAUGGGAAUCUUCGAUGACAGUAGUAGCAAGACACUAUGCGGAAGCAUGACCCUUGGUUCUUCACGUUACGCUCUUAACGGCAAAAUCAUGCGCGCUUCCGUUAUCAUCCUCUUCGUCGCCGUCAUCCUCAUCCUCUGUUUCCACAGCUACGCCAGAUGGCUAUUCCGACGUCAAAACCGCCGUAUUCGCCGCCGUAUCAGUGCUCAUCUCCGAUCUUUAUCCGCCGCUCGAGACCCCACUCAAUCAUCCUCCCACUCUCCUCUCGAUCCGGCCGUGCUCGAGAAGAUCCCGAUCUUCGUCUACUCCGUUAAAACCCACAAAUCUCCGCCGGAGGAGUGCUCCGUUUGCUUGUCGGAGUUCGAAGAAGAAGACGAAGGACGUGUCCUUCCCAAAUGCGGCCACGUGUUCCACGUUGACUGUAUUGACACGUGGUUCCGGUCGAGAUCUAGCUGUCCGCUUUGUAGAGCUCCGGUUCAACCCGAGCAGUCGGUUACCGAAUCCGGUUCGAUGAAUUCAGAACCGGUUGCUCCCGUUUUUCCAUCGGUUAAACCGAUUGAGGAUACGGAAGCCGGAAGCUCGUCUUCAUCGGACGAAUCCGAUUCAUCGACGCCGUCUUCGUCGUCUGGUUCGCCGUUGAGGUUCCCGAUGGAAGCUUGCGAGAGGGAACCGAUUGACUUAGUCGGUAUACUUGUUGAGAUUCCCAGGGAAGUUGACGCUUCUAACUCCGGUUUACCCGGGCACAACGGAUCUAGUAAUCGGGUCUCGAUGAAGAGGCUAUGGAGUAUUUUAUAACUUCCCUGACUCAAAAAUGUUUGAUACUGAAGAAUCCGACCCGGUAAUCGGGGUAACCGGGUGGGCAAGAGCUCGAGUCUUAGUUAUCGGAUAAACCGAACCGGUAAGCGGGGUAAAACAAAGGGAAAUUUGUAUUACUGGCGCAUACGACGACACGUGGGGAUUUUUUUGGAGUAGUUCAUCAAUGGUGACCAAAUAUCUCCCCCUUUUUUUUGACUCUGCACUAGUGCUAUUAUAACGGUGCUGUUUAACUAGAGAAGAAAUAACUAAGCGAAACUCUCCAAACAUUCUCUUGGUUCUUUUGUAAAGGUCGAAUAAAAAUGGUUGGUUAGUGUUUCAAAAAAAAAAAUGGUUGGUUAAAGAAAUGUAAUUAAUAUAAGUAACUGACACCGAUAGGCCUGAGACUUUUAUCCGAGAUCCGGAUUCGAUCCGAGAUCCGAUCCGGAUCCGAUCCGAAAAUCCGGAUAUCCGGAGAGGCCGAAUCCGGAUCCGGAUAGUAAAAUGUUAGAUCCGUCAAAACCGAAUCCGGAUAUCUUGAUUUUUUAGUCCAGAUAUCCGCGACAUCCGGAUAUCCGCGAACCCCGGAUCCGGAUAAGGAUAGUAAAAUUACGGAUCCGCCGGAUAAGGAUCCGGAUCCGGAUAUCUUAAAAUUGCCCGGAUACCCGAUCCGUCCCAGGCCUAGACACCGAUGGUUCAAUGAUUUGUGUUAUUGUAAAUGUUUUAUUAUUGACCGAAUAUUAGCCUUAACCGGUUGUAUUGAUUUGUAAACUAUUUGUUCACUAUUUCAUUUACCGUUCUUGUUCA